AUUGCCAUUCUCACAAAACGAACGUUUGAAAAUCACUUGAGAUUCGGGUAAACACAAACUCCAAGUGACGAGGAAGAACAGCAGCCGGAAUAAAUCGCGUAUAAAUAGUGUGAUAAGCAAGUGUCGCCGAAAUGCCGAAACCCGGUGACAAGGCGAAGGUGAAGGUGAACGUCAAGGAGCGGGUGGUGGACGAAACCUGCGACUUGAGUCUCUCCGAACUGAGCGAAAUACCGGUGCGGGAGAUCGCUUCGUUCAAGCGCGUCACCGUUUUGGAUCUCUCCAGCAAUCGUCUGGUCAACUUGGGAAAAAACUUUUCGAUUCUCACACGCUUGGUGCGCCUGGACCUAAGCAAGAACCAAAUAAAAUUCCUGCCCGAGGACUUUGGCCAGCUGGAGCAGUUGCGCCACUUGGACUUGUACAACAAUUGCUUGGAGCACCUGCCCAUUAGCUUCGGUCAGCUGCGUCGUUUGCGGUACUUAGACCUGAAGGGGAAUCCACUGACGCCCGCCUGGGAGAAGAUUGUGGGCUGCUGCUCCACGCAAAAGGACUGCCAGCAGGCGGCCAAGAAUACAGUCAGCAUCUGCGCCAACUACAAGCCGGAAUUCAUUGAACGCGAACGUUUGGCCGCCCAAGAGAGCCAGAAAAUGGCCGGAGCCGGGGAUUCCAGUGCCAACGCCGUUCAAACGAAUGGCGGCGCAGCUGGUGGAAAGAAGUCGACGAAACCGAAUAAUAAGAAAGCCAAAGCUAAAAAACUCGCCGGUGGGGGAGACAAUGAGCUGACAAUCAAACCAGUAAAUGCAGUGGGAUCAGGAGGAUCAGGAGCAAUCGCACUGGGAUCCAAAUCAACUCAAAAGAACAAUCAAAAGAAAAAGAACUCGAAAGGCGAUUCCUGGUUGAAUCUACUGUCGAGAGCUGCCCUAUCGUCGCUGGUCAGCUUUCUGGUUCUCUUUAUCAUCAACUUGUUAAUCAUUUACAUGAUCAUGUUCAAGAAUCCGGACAUCGCCGACAAGCUGGUGGAGUAUAUACCACACCAGUAUCGCGAUUGGAUCCUGACCAAAACGGAGAUCUUUCGGCUGCGUGUUACCGACUGGAUCUCGGAAUUCCGAACACCACCGGAGGAACACUGACGGUUCAUUUAUUUGAAGCCUUAGAGCGCUGGGCUUCAAAUGGAAUAAAUCGCUAAAAAAAAAUCUCGGAUGCAUUGCGCGUGUGUGGAGGCAAAAUUCAAAAUGAGAUACGUGUUGACCACCUGAACGAGUUAUACGACUGCUACUUUGAUAUACCAUUAUCUGUAAUUUACUGCCAUUUAUUUUGAUAGACACUAAGCCCACUACGUCCAUUGAAGGGAGAUUUUAAAAUAAAAAAAAAACACACGUACUCCGCAACUUAAGAGGCCACUUUAAAGACACCGAACUACACUCAAUCACUCAGCUCAAUCGAACUCAGAUGAAUCUACAGCUAACCUAACCAUAGCUCAAGCUCAACUCCAUAGUAACUGAAUGGCAGUUCCAAACUAGCCAAAGCAUAGAAACUACAGACACAGUCAGACCAGACAUCCUCGUAUUAUUCACAUCUAUCAGGUCAAAUCAGAUAUAAUCGAAUCGAUUCGAAUCAACUCACCUACAAAUAAAGUACUAUAACCGUGUGCAAUUCCCAUCUUAUUUCUAAUUCUUGCUCAAAUUGUAUUCAUGUUAGCCCGACCAUUUUACAUUUGUAGAUUUUAAAUCGCAUAGGUUUUAUUGCAAAGGAAAUGUAUACCAUCAUGAGUGGAAUUUGCAGAUAAUCAAAAUGAAAUUCAAGCGGUUUCAUAUGAUUUAUGCGAAAUCGAAAUAAUUGAAGCGUAACAAAAUAUUUGCAAGAUUCUUUGAAUAAAAACGUACAUUUUAAC